UGGGUACAGGGAAACAGCACAACAGUACUAUUCAGACACACCCAGCCCAGUGGAUUGUACUCACUCCAAGAUGACCAGCUCUACAAAUAUUAAACUGAUGCUCAGUGCCGUCAUCUUCAUGUCCUUCUACUUAUUUUUAACAAGCAGAUUUUCAGCCUUUAUGAUUUCUCAACACUCUCAGAAGGGGGAGCUUGUGCCUGCGCCUGUAUGGACACCCCGGUUGGCCCCUAUCCCACGCCCCUGCACUUGUCAACCUGGCUCAAUGCAACUGAAAGAUCUAAUUCCCAAACACCACUUAGACAAAGUGUAUCAGCGGAGAAAAGAAGAGUUUGAGAAGCUCAAAAAAAGAACCUCACCUGAAUUAUCCAGACUGCUGCUGGCUCCACCCAACUCUCCUCUGCAGUAUCCCAUUCAAGGUUUUACUGUUCCCCCUCUGAAGAGCAGCCCCAUUCCAGGUUUAAAACUGUACACAGGAGAGUGUAGCAGCUACAAGGUGACCCUGAAUGUGAGCAAAGGCCUCCUCAGCGCUGACGCCUCACGCUUCAGAGAAGUGACAGUAAAAGGUAACCAAGAGGCUGAACUCACCGUAGAGUCCAGCAGCCUGAAGUUCCUGAAUGUUGUGCUGGCAUCAGUGUCUUACCAAAGCACCUUUUAUCAUGUUCACACUGGCGAUCUGGCCUCCUUUUCUUUUGAAAAUCAUGAAGCCCAGUUUCCCAUCGUCAUCAGACAGCCUCAGCUGCCAGUCAUGUUUGACAUGGGGGCCGACAUUAGCUCACAAGUCACUAUCACCAUCAAGACCUUUCUGCGCUACAACAAUCUCAAAGUCCUACUGAGCAGCAUCCGCAGGUUUUACCCCAACAUCACAGUGAUCAUUGCAGACGACAGCAUUGAACCAGAGAAGAUAACAGGGGAGAACAUCCAGCAAUACAUCAUGCCACCAGCUCAGGGUUGGUUUGCUGGCAGAAACCUUGCUGUCUCCCAAGUCACUACAAAGUAUUUCCUGUGGGCGGAUGAUGACUUUGAGUUUACUGAAAGCACAAAAAUCGAGAAGAUGGUAGAAGUCAUGGAGGCUGUUCCUGAACUUGAUGUGGUUGGUGGCUCAGUGGAAGGAAACCAAUUUUACUUUUCACUUGAGUAUGAUGAAGGGGAGGAGGCUGAAGGAGGCUGUCUAUACAGGAAGUCUAAUGGAAGAUUCCAUGCAGUUCCUGGUUACCCACAAUGCUUUUUGGCCAGCGGAGUGGUCAAUUUCUUCCUGGCUCGUACAGACUCUAUUCAGAAAUCUAGGUUUGACCCCCUGCUGAAGAGAGUUGCACACUCAGAAUGGUUUAUGGAUGGACUGGGCUCCCUGAUGGUGGCCUCGUGUAGUCAUGUGUCUGUUGGUCAUCAACCAAAGAAAAAUGUCGCCUCGUACAGCAAGUUUCGGACGCCUGAUCAUUCUGAUGUAGUGUUCAAAUACCAACUGCACUUCUUCAAAAACCAUCUCAAGUGCAUAAAGUUUGGAUGAAGAGUUACAGUGGGAAAUGAGAACUUGAUCUUUUGGUCAAGUUAAUUUUUCAGUGGUACUUUUAUGAUCAUCACUUCCUGUAUUUCUAUUUGACUCCAAUGGCUUUGCACUUUUGUUUGGGAAAAUGUUACACUGUACUUGAUCGUAUCGGUAUUUGGGGUCUCUUUUGGUGAAGUAAAUAUUUUUAUUUAUUUAUAUUUUUCAUUUGUCUGGUUCACAGUACAAAAAUAUAAGUAUGGUAUGGUGCAAUGGUUAAUUGAUUGGCUAAAGCAACAAGGUUACUAAGGAUACAACAACAUAAUAAAUACAAAAAUACAAUGAUCGUAAAAUAUACAGUGUGGUGCUUUCAGUUACAUGAUAUUUUGAAAACAAAGUGUUAAAUUAAAAGUAAUCAUUAACCAUAUUUGUAUAUAUAUUUUUAAAAUAAAGAUAUUGCCUCA